ACUGCAAACCUCCUUACCGCGCGCCCGCAGCUUCGUUACCGAUAUCUUCAUAGCUCUGAAAUUUUUCGGGGUUCGAGGGUCGCGCUGCGGCCUACGUCCUCCAUCAUCAUAAACGAACCAGUACUCUUUAGCACUCUCCCCGCUACCGGCCUCACGGUGUCUCCUUCGCCACCUUCAUCGUCGGUAGGCUCUUCGCCCGCGUCAGCAUUCUCCCCCGGACUGCCCGCCAGCGUAAGCGUGACGUCGGUGCCGGCCGCCGUAGUGCAGGGCGUCGUGCCCGCAGCCGCCGCCGCCGCCGCCGCUGCUGCCGCCGCGGGUCUCGGGGCGUCCGUAUCUGUCAGCUCAGUGAAUCCGGCUGUUGUAAACUCAGUGACGUCGCCCCCUGUGGGUCAGGUCCCAGCUGCUGCCGGCCAGGUGGCUCCGCCUGCUGGUGCCUACUGGUUUUACUCACCCCAGUUAGCCGCCUCCGCUUCAAGCGGGACUCCACUCACGCCGCAAUCCAUACAGGCGACAGGACCGCCGCACCAAAGUCUACACGGCCAUAGCCUACCGACCGCAGUUUCAGCUGCUGCCGCCGCCAUCACCAAUCCGCCGCCGCCCGUGAACCCUCACGGUCAACCCGGCAAUAAUCUCGCCGGCUCCACUGCGCUCAUGGCGACGAUGACCUCUCUUGCUAACGUCAAGGACUCGCGAUGGCUCCAGCUUGAGGUGUGCCGGGAGUUUCAAAGAAACAAAUGCACACGGCCCGAUACUGAAUGCAAAUUUGCCCACCCUGCCUCAAACGUCGAAGUUCAGAAUGGACGCGUCAUUGCUUGCUAUGAUUCCAUAAAGGGCCGCUGCAAUCGCGAAAAGCCCCCGUGCAAAUACUUUCACCCUCCACAACAUCUCAAGGACCAGCUGCUUAUCAAUGGUCGCAACCACCUCGCGCUGAAGAACGCCCUUCUUCAACAGAUGCCGCUGCAGGCAGCUGCAACUAUGUUACAACCUACAACCAAUCCUGCACAAGCUGCUACAAUGGUAAGUCCGUAUGCCGCUCUAGCCGCUUGGAGAAUGCCCAUUGCUUACAAUACGACUGCACCCGGUACGCAUUCUGCACACUCCACAGCUGCUACGGAAUACUACGCUAAGGCGGCAAAUCCAUACAUGCCUACGCUGAUGGCAUCUCCCUACCUGACAGGGCUUCUCCCGGGGAUGGUGGCUACCGCAGCGGAGCCCACCGCCUUAAUGACACCUACAACACUCAUCUCGCCCCAGAAGAGGACUGAUAGGCUUGAGGUGUGCCGUGAGUUCCAACGCGGUAGUUGCAAGCGAGCCGAACAUGACUGCCGCUUCGCCCACCCGCCCGAGCACGUGGGCAUUGAGACCUCGACCCAGGCCACCUCGGGCGGCUGUGAUGUCACCGUUUGCAUGGACUUUGUUAAAGGGCGCUGCGCUAGGGAACAAUGCCGUUACUUCCAUCCGCCCGCACAUCUUCAGGCUCAGCUUAAGGCAAGGGACCAGAACAGCCUGCAGCAGACGCCUGACUCCGCCGGACUCACCCAGCAUCCGUCGGCCGUGCCCGCAAGCAGCAGCGUCGUGCCAACGAUGCCUUCCUCGAUGCCGACUCUUUCGUUGAGUCCGAUGAGCAUGGCUGCGAUGGGCGGCUAUCCCUCCGCCCACGCGCAUGCCCACGCCUCACUCAACCCCCAGCAGCAGGCCCAAGCCGCUCAGGCCGCCCAAGCGGCACAAGCUGCACAGCAGGCCGCACAAGCUGUCCAGGCUCAAGCUGCACAGCAGGCUGCACAAGCGCAAGCGGUUCAGGUUCAAGCUCAGGCACAAGCCCAAGCUCAAGCGCAAGUGCAGGCUGCUGCUGCUGCAGGCAACAGCGCGCCAGUUUACGCGCAGGCCCUGAAUGCUCAGGCGCAAUUGAUGGCGCAAGCACAGGCGGCCCAAGCAGCUGCUGCGGCGGCUGCCGCAGCGGCUGCUGUGGGCAACGCUGGCCGAGUGGGCGUGGACGUGGGCGUAGGGGCGCCGCACGCCGCCGCGUACGCCGCCGCCGCUGCCGCCUCCGAAGCCGUCAGCAGCAGUAAUGGGGGGCAGGGGGGCCACCCGCAAGCGAAGAAACGCGCCCGGGAUGCUGACUCUGACCUGUUACACCUGGCCACCCUGCCGGGAAUGGUGCAGUACAAGCGGCCUGCACUCGAGAAGAGCGGCUUGCCCGAAAUGUUGUCCUAA